GUCGGCUUUUCGUUUUGUCGAUUUGUUGUUGCGGUGUUGAAGAUAAUAUCUGAUCAAUUUAGAUACUUAAAUAUGCGUUAAGUGAACAACAUAAUUGUUUUACAUCGUGUUACUGUCAGGAACAAAUAAGAUAUCUGUGAUCUUUAUAAGAGAAUAUGUAUUUAAAUUACAUAAUGAACGUCAAAACUUUAAUAUUUCCUGUGCUGUUCUUCGUUUCGGCAUUUAAUGCGGUUCACUGUGGUGGUGAAACUCUUGUAUUAUUAGAUAAUUUAGCUAUAAGAGAAACACAUUCUGUAUUUUUUAAAGACCUUCAAGAUCGAGGUUUCCAUCUUACUUACAAGACGGCAGAUGAUCCUGGUUUAACACUUAUGAAGUAUGGCGAAUAUUUAUUUCAGCAUCUCAUUAUAUUUUCUCCAUCUGUGGAAGAGUUUGGUGGGAAUUUAAAUGUUCAAGCAAUAACAGACUUUAUCGAUGCUGGUGGAAAUGUGCUUGUUGGAGCUAGCUCAAAUGUCGGUGAUCUUAUCAGAGAACUUGCUAAUGAGUGUGGAUUUGAAAUAGAUGAAGAAGGUUCUGCUGUUAUAGAUCAUUUGAAUUAUGACAUUGAAGAUGAUGGCAAACAUACUUUGAUUGUUGCUGAUCCUAAUAACUUAAUAGAUGCUACAACUGUUGUUGGCACUAAGAACAUACCACCAAUGCUUUUCAAAGGUGUUGGAAUAAUUUCGGAUCAAGAAAAUCCAUUGAUAUUGGAAGUUCUAUCUGCAUCAUCUACUGCUUACUGCUAUAACCCUGACAAUAAGGUUACUGAGUAUCCACAUGCAGUUGGGAGGAACACUCUUCUUAUUUCUGCUCUGCAAGCUCGCAACAAUGCUCGAGUUGUCUUCUCAGGUUCUUUAGACUUUUUUAGUGAUCAUUUCUUCCAGUCGGGUGUUCAAAACGUUCAUGGCAAUCAAAAGUUUGAAAAGUCUGGUAAUGAAGCAGCCGCAAAAGCUCUGACUCAAUGGGUGUUUAAGGAGACUGGUGUGUUACGAGCUGGAAAUAUUACUCAUCACAAAAAAGGAGAAUCAUCGCCUCCUGAAGCUUAUACUAUCUUGGAUGAAGUUGUUUAUGAAAUUGAAGUUGAAAUACUUAAGGAUGGCUUAUGGGUUCCUUUCGAUGCAACAGAUUUGCAAUUGGAGUUUGUUAGAAUUGAUCCUUUUGUCAGAACUUCAUUGAAAAAGAAAGGUAAGAAAUACAUUGCCGAGUUCAAGUUGCCUGAUGUUUAUGGAGUGUAUAAGUUUAAAGUUGAUUACAACCGAAUGGGAUAUACUCAUCUAUUUGAAACAACUCAGGUUUCUGUGAGACCUUUGCAGCAUACCCAAUAUGAACGUUUUAUUCCAUCUGCAUAUCCAUAUUAUUUGAGCUCAUUUUCAAUGAUGUUUGGAGUUUUCAUUUUCAGUUUUGUGUUUUUGUACCAUAAAGAUCACACUAAGGACAAGACAGAAUAACUAUGAUAUUACAUUCAAAUGUAAUUUCUUAAUUCAUGAAUAAAUUUUAAAAUUUUGUUA